AUGGCAGACCAAGAGAACACUGAGGAGCCAGCAGCUCCUGCUGCUGAGGAGAGCACAGCCACUGACACGGUAAGAACACAUCCUUUUUUCUAAGAGUGUAUGCAUGUUCAGAAAUUACUUCUGAUUAUGUUUAAGUUAUAUUAUCCAUCCACAUGGUAAUUGUCAAGAGCUUUGGUUACAUGUCUAUGUUAGCUAUACACGUGGCUCUAUACUAUUGGUCGUUGAGUAGUAUAAGCGUUGUGUCAAUAUCCAUAUCAUCCCAUAGGCCCCUGAGGCCGAGCAGACAGACACAUGGAGGAUAGAGGUGGUGUCUGUGACUGAUGAGGACCUCCCGACCGUCGAUACCCCGACCACAUUGAAUGUCAGUCCCCUCGACAGCCCCAAUGACACCCCUCCACCCGACACUACCAAACCUGAACCCACCACUGAGCCCAAAGCCCCGCCCCCUGCCCCACCAAGUCCAGCCAUGCCAAUCACUAAGGUCCAGACUUUCAUGAAUGGUAAGAGACUGGGACUCCUCUACCUGUACAGUGGAGUGUGAAGUGUAAUAGGUAAGAGUUCACCAUUGUGGAUUAUAGUAUUCUAUGCCUACAUUUGAAUGAACAUGGAAAAAAGGGUUCCAAACUGGUUAUUUGCGGAGGGGGUUCUACCAAUAACCGUUUUGAUCAGAAGAACCCUUUUUGGAAGACGAGGGUUCUUUGUAAGGUAAAGGGUUCUAUCUGGAACCUUUAACAUCAUAUGAACCGUUUUUGGAAGAAAGGGUUCUUUGAUAAUUAUUUGGAAAGCAAGAAGGAUUAUUUGAAUGGCAAGAAGGGUUCUACAUAGAACCAUAUAUAAUAUUUCCCAUUAUGCUCAAUUGCAAGGACAUUUUCAGAAUAGUUUGUUUUACUGUAAUAUUUGUGUUUUUGCAUGUACAUUGAUUGGUUGAUACAUUUUAUGCUAUACAAAGAUAAAUAAUAUACAGUUUUCUAAUCUAAUCCAAUCUGUUAGUAAUUGGAUUUAUUGCACCUGUUACUGAGAUGGUUGUUCCAGUUUAGAUGAUUGAGGUAGUCUCAGUAUUCAGUCUUCCCUACCCUAGCAGUCAUUCUGAAUGCAGGUUGCGGGUGACUAACAAUUCCACUUUUUGGAUAUCCUAACUCUGGCUGGAUGCCAAUUACACGUCACUUUGCAAGGCAGCAUAAUGUGACUUGCAGGCCUGAUGUGGCCUGUAAACCAGGAUAUUCCUAACAUCACUGUGUUAGGGUAUAACUAGGACCUCAAAAAAAGGCCUUAUGAUAUAUGCAAUGUAUUGUAUUAAAUAAUUACAUUUUAAAGGCUUAUAAAGCUGGUGGAACCGUUUAUAGAGGGUUCUAGAAAGAACCCUCCAAAGAUAGAAUGGUUCUUGGUAGAACCCUUCAUAGAGGGUUCUAAGCAGAACCCUACAUAGAGUGAUUAGGUAAAACCAUAUACAGGGGGUUCUUUGAAGAACCCUACAUAGAGGGUUCUAGAUAGAACCAUCUGCAAAGGGUUCUACCCAGCACCAAAAAGAGUUCCCCUAUGGGGACAAACCGAAUAACCUUUUCUCUAAGAGUGUAGUGGUUGGCCCCGGAGAGGCUCUUUGAAUUCAAAAUUCCUUUGUCAUCCUUUGACAGAGGAUGAUCCCUCAGAGGAGAAAACGUGGUGUGGCCGGUUGGUGGCUCGCAGGAUGGAGCUGCUGAUUGGAGCAUCGGUCCUCAUGGUGGUCAUUCUCACGCUGGGCAUUGGGCUGGGAGGUGAGCACUAACGAACAUAGUCUUUUUGUAAUUAAUUCAUUAUACUGCUUCCCUCAGCUCUUUAAAUAAUUAAUUAACCCCUAUCCAGUGACGUGACUUACUUUAAUGUAUGACUGUUAUUUAUCGAAUUACCUAACUAUGUUUAAUUGUCACUCGAUUAAAUUAAUCAUGUAACAAUUAACUCAUUAGGAAUUUGGGGCCACACGGAAUACGUUUCUUAACGAGUUACCAUCGCCUGAAUUAAACUCCAAGAAGAUAUAUAUGUCAUAUAUCAAUAACAGUCACUUAUUAAAUAAUUACCUCUUAUCAGUCUCAUUUUGAACAUCGCAUAAUCCUUGAACCUGCAAGAACCCUAAUCUUAUUGAUGAAUCAGCAAUACACAAAUUGGCUUAAUUAUUUAUUUACCAACUAAAUAAUUACACAGAAUGCAAACACACACGCACACAUAGGUUAUUGAUUACUAAUGUAAUACAAUGAAAACAGGUCCCUAGUGGACUGGACUAACAAUAGCAUGAAUGCUUGGGUAGAAGGAGGGUUGGCUGAUUCAGAGAGAGGGGGGAAAGGAAGAGAUAAAGGAAUUCACCUAUCGGACAUUUCUUAACUACGCUCACGGAAAUACAAAUGCUUAGCACCUGCUCAUUCGGAUUAGAAAUGCAACAUGUAUUUAUGUGUAGCUGUCCUCGAUAGUUGAGUUGAUGACGUAGGACUCUGGUUUGCCCACCAGAGAUCCCAAUGUCUUUGGUAGAGUUUCUGGUCUUAGUGGUGGUUACAAUGGAUACUUCAGCGUACCCUGUAGUUCGUAGAGUUGAACUGUUAGAUAGAUACUUCGGAUGUACCAACGGUUGUCUGAGAGGGAUUGUCCUUCCCAACUCGUGUCUUUAAUGAAAGUUCUCUAGACGACUAUACAUGCCAGCUGCAGACUGAGAUGAUAAGGUCUAGUGCGUUGUCUUCUUCUCGUGUAGAGGUUGAGAGUUUCACCAUUUAGCCAUAUUCAGCUUACGCUGCCUGUUGGCUGGUCUGUAGUGUCAACCAUUUUAAGCUGUGGGGCUUCCUGGUCUAACCAUUUUAACCUGUGUAGCUUCAGCUUCACGCUUCCUGGUCUGGUAGAAAUUCAACAAUUUGCAACAUCCGGCUUAUACUGUAAUCUGUUUGGUCUUCCUUUGGUAAUGGAGUUGUUGUUUUAAACCAUUUUGUAUCACAUUGUUAUCUUCACAAAAGUAUUAUUAUACUUAAUCAUUUGUUUUAUACAACAAUUAGAUGCAAACCUCAUAACUGGGAAGUGUACAUCCCCCAGAGAUGCAGUUAUGUUGUUCCACCGUCUUUAAUGACAUCACAACAUAGUAACGAAUUUGACAUGAUUGUUCUUUAAGUCGCCACCGACCAUUUCCCACAUUCAUUGAAGUAUGAAUAUUGUUUCAUUAUCCACUUUUGGAUGUUGGAGUCUUGGCGGGAAGACUUCCUUUGUUUCACAGGGAAAUACCCUCUCCCAAUACUGCAUGGCAUGGAAAAGAGAGUUUAUGCAAGGAAUUUAUGACCGAUCAUAAAACAGGUCCCCAGGAGAGGGGGUGUUCAAACCUUUGCCUAGCCGGCAUCUUUGAUCCUCAGCCCAUGAGGGCAAGUCAUGACACCCAUUAUACAAUUUGGUUCCUGUCCUGCUUUAAAGUCAAUCAAUGCCUGGAACCCUGUUUGCACAGUAAAGACAGAAACAAAGUGUUGUUGUCUGGUGUCAGUUUACAAACAACAGCAUGUUAAGGUUUUUUUUCUGUCUCCACAGUGAGUCUGAGCUGUGUGGGGAAGUUCCGCUGUGGUACGUCCUCUCACUGCAUCAGUGGCUCAGCGCAAUGUGACGGGGUGAUGGACUGUGAGAAUGGGGAGGACGAGCUUAGCUGUGGUGAGCAGAGCUACUGUUUUAUCCCAACAUACACAAGGACAAGGACACAUUAGACUAUUGAGACGCAGCUGGUCAAGGGACUCAUUCAGUAGAAGCCUAUAUUCCUCACUCUCUCUACCAGUAUCUCUACUUCUGUCUCCUUCUCGACCUGACUGUUCGUACAGUGCGUUUGAGUGGAAAGAGCUCAGUGCUCCAGGUGCUGAGUGGAGGAGUGUGGAGGACUGUCUGCUCUGAAGACUGGAACCCUGCUCUGGGCCUUUCUGCCUGCAAGCAGCUGGGCUACUCCAGGUAUGACUAGGGUAUUUAACAUGAUAUGCGUUAUUGGCCUUCUUGAGCCCUCUUUUUCAUUGCCCUUGUGUGUUCCAGGAUAGAGCUUGCCUGGUGAUAAUAGAUGAGUUUUCGGAGGGUGUUUCUGAUUCAUUGGCAAUAAUCUAUUCUAUUCACCCCUCAGGUAUGUGGAGUCCCGCUCCCUCCCCCUCUCUGCUAUAGAGCAGGAUUUCCAGCAAAACCUGGUGUCAAUCAACCUGAGCCAGUCGGGCCAACAGGCCAUCAAGAUUCAUAACGCCGCCGGCCUCAGGUAGCCCACUGUCACCACAUCAGAACAAGAGAGAUGAUAGAGACGGAUGCUGUUUUGAGAAAACAUAAUUAUUUUGCUAUCAGUAUUCUGAGCAUCUCUGUCUUCUGCUCUCCCCUCGUCUUGCUCUCCCUUUCCUCUCUUUCUCCAGUAAGACUCAAUGCAGCUCAGAGACGGUGACCACAAUCAAAUGCCUGGGUGAGUGGAUAUUUAAGGAAAGUGGGAAACUAUACAUAAAGGUAAUAAUAUAAUUGUAAGUGCAUAUUGUGCAUGUGUCUGCAGAGUGCGGCUCCAGACCCCAGUUCAGCAGUCGUAUUGUUGGGGGUAAUGUAUCAGCACCGGGCCAGUUCCCCUGGCAGGUGAGCCUGCACUUCCAGAGCGAACACUUGUGUGGAGGCUCCGUCGUAGCAGACAGCUGGAUACUGACAGCUGCACACUGCGUGUAUGAGUGAGUCGAAAGAGAACAAACACAUACACACACACACAAACGCAUAAUCAUAUGACAAACACACACACAAUCCCACACAUCUCAUACUGUUCCUCCUUCCUCAGGUUUGCGUUCCCCACACUGUGGGCAGUGCAUGUAGGAUUGACAGAGCAGCCGGUGAAUGGGGCUCAGGCUCUGGCAGUACAGAAGAUUAUCUACCAUGGCCGCUACCGGCCCAAGGCCCUAGACUAUGACAUCGCUCUGAUGAAGCUGGCUGAGCCACUCACCUUUAACGGUAGGUAGGGACCCCUCUGUCUUUAGACAUACUGUACAUCUCUGAUCUCUCUCCAUUUGUCUUUAUGAAUGGAGGGAGGGACAUUUACAUUUACAUUUUAGUCAUUUAGCAGACGCUCUUAUCCAGAGCGACUUAAGUUAGUGAGUGCAUACAUUUUCAUACUGGCCCCCCCGUGGGAAACGAACCCACAACCCUGGAGUUGCAAGCGCCAUACUCUACCAACUGAGCUACAGGGGACGGAGGCAGGUGCACGGCUCAUAGUAUAUCCUAUGCUUUGUUUCUGUAACUCCUUUUUUUAUCCAUCUUAAUCAUCUCCCUCCAUCCCUCAUUUUUUCACACUUUCCACUCUUUCUUUUUACCCCAAUACACCCCCUCUUCUCUCUGGUCACCUGGCUGUCUCUCUCUCAGGUUUCCCGGGCUCUGACAGCGACAUGUCAUUAAGUGAAUGGUCUGUCUGUGGUUGAGGCCAUAAGGCUCACCCACACCCCUACUCUUGUUUUCCUGCAAUCCUGCAUCUCUACUCUAGCUCACUUUUCAUUAUUGAAUGCAUUGUUUUCUAGCCAUUUGUUAGUUGCCCAGGAAUAAGAAUCAGGUAAAUAGUAGAUUGUCUUAGUGAACUCUUACUUUAUCACUAUUUUAAACCCAGGUGUUUCUGGGAAGUGUAGUUUGUUUCUCUGACCCGUCCUCCCUUCCUGCUCCAGGUCUAGUGGAGCCCAUCUGCCUACCUAACUUUGGGGAGGACUUUGAGGACGGGACCAUGUGCUGGAUCUCAGGCUGGGGGGCCACUUCAGAAGGGGGCGAGUCUAGGCUGUUAAGCAUCUCACAUGCUGUUCCUCUAUUCACACAAGUAGUCAGUCUAGGAGUCAUAGAGUUUUAAAAUGUUUUUCUUUGUAAAUGUAUACUUUGUCUGAAUGUAGUCUGCUCUUUGCCAGGAGAAGCUAGUGAUUCGUUGCUCUCUGCCCGGGUCCCACUCAUCUCCGCUAAGGCGUGCAGCGCGCCUGGGGUCUACCAGGGCUACAUCUCCCCUGGGAUGAUCUGUGCAGGUUACCUGGAGGGAGGAACAGACUCCUGCCAGGUACUGUAAGCUGAUGGUGGUGAGCCUUAGUACAGAGUGAGACCUUUUGUGAUUGUGUAAGUCUACAUGUGUUAAAUAUAUAUAUGCUGAUAUGUUUUCACUGCUGGUAAAAUGUUAGCUGUGUCUAGGGCCUUUCUGUGAGAGCCUGGGGUUUUACUGUUGUGUUUGUGGCCCCCAGGGGGACAGCGGGGGACCUCUGGCAUGCGAGGACUCAGUGUGGAAGCUGGUGGGGGCCACUAGCUGGGGCCAGGGCUGUGCUGAUAGGAACAAGCCUGGGGUGUACACCCGCGUCACCCAGUCCCUCAAGUGGAUCCACCAACAGAUGGAGGUUAGGAAAGGGAGCAGGAGUUGGGGAUUGGGGCUGGCAGGGAUUGAUGAACAAGUAUUUGAGGGUUUAUGA